AUGUCUUAUGCGAACGUUACUCGCUCUGUACCGCGCUUACGCUCUGAAAUUACUUCUAACACUAAAUCAAUACCAUUAUCAUCACAAUCGGGUGCUAUGGAAGUUUCGCAAACUUUACAAGAAAAAACUAUAAGUACAAAGAGAAAAAGAAAAAAGAAGCAAAAUCAGAAUGAAGUAUUUGAAAACGAUAUAUCUACAGAAUCAGAAGAAGUAAUUAAUAAUAAUGAUGAUGAUACAGAAAGGGAGCUCCAAUCAAGAAAAGAGAAAAAGGAGAGAAUAGAGGAGCUUAAAUCAACUUUUAAUUUUAGGCAGUUACUUUCUAAGUUAUAUGCUAUAUUUACAAAUUCACAAGAACAACUUAAGAACAAAAUGAUUCAAGGAAUGUCAUUAAUUAUUGAAUGGUUAGUACCGAUGGUGGGUCAGUGCAUUUGGGAUUUGCCUUUUAAAAGCUUUUUUAGUCAAUAA